ACCGCGUUGUAUUUGUAUCCGAUGACGGAGGAGGAUGGAGGCAGUUCUAGCCAAGUAUGAGAAUCAAAUCAACGUGUUCUCCGAGUUCCUAGAAGACCUGCCGGAUGUAGACGAGCCAGUAUGGAUCUUGGGAGCAUGUUAUGAUCUUAAAACAAAGAAACCAGAGCUGCUCUCGGAUGUGCGGUCACGACUGUGGUUCACGUAUAGGAAAAAGUUUUCUCCCAUAGGAGGAACAGGCCCUUCAUCAGACGCGGGAUGGGGCUGCAUGCUCCGCUGUGGACAGAUGAUCCUCGCACAGGCUUUGGUCAGCAGGCACCUCGGUCGGGAUUGGAGAUGGGAUGCAGAGAAACGUCAGCCCAAAGAGUAUCAUCGCAUCUUGCACUGCUUUUUAGACAAGAAGGAUAGCUGCUACUCUAUUCACCAGAUGGCUCAGAUGGGCGUUGGAGAGGGCAAGUCUGUUGGAGAAUGGUAUGGACCGAACACAGUGGCUCAAGUACUCAAGAAACUUGCCCUGUUUGAUGAUUGGAAUACACUGGCUGUGUAUGUGUCAAUGGACAACACAGUUGUUAUUGAAGACAUCAAGAAACAGUGUAAGCAGCCAGGCCGGGAAAGCAGGUCCAGAGCUGGUCCCUGUGGCCAAGGAGAAGUGCCAGCGUCAGGCCAGAGCUGUUCAGAGGCUCAGGGAAAGACACUUAACCUUCAGUCCCAAAGGCCCCUGGACUGGAGGCCCCUGCUGCUGGUCAUUCCUCUUCGAAUGGGCAUUAACAGCAUCAACCCCGUCUACAUUCAGGCCUUCAAAGAGUGUUUUAAGAUGCCUCAGUCGUGUGGUGUUUUGGGAGGAAAGCCCAACCUCGCCUAUUAUUUCAUUGGAUUUAUCGAUGAUGAGUUGAUCUAUCUGGACCCUCACACCACGCAGCAGGCCGUGGACACUGAUUCAGGCAGUGCUGUGGACGACCAGAGCUAUCACUGUCAGAGGACCCCACACCGCAUGAAAAUCACUAGCCUGGACCCGUCUGUCGCGCUGGGUUUUUUCUGCAAGAGUGAGGAGGACUUUGACAGCUGGUGUGAUCUGGUUCAGCAGGAGCUCCUUAAGAAAAGAAACCUGCGGAUGUUCGAGCUGGUCGAGAAACACCCGUCUCAUUGGCCUCCGUUCGUUCCUCCCACCAAACCAGAGGUGCAGACCACAGGAGCAGAGUUCAUCGAGUCCCCAGACAAGCUUUUUGAGUCAGAAGAGGAGUUUGAGAUCCUAAAUGUGUGAUCAGUCCACGGAUAAAGCCUUGCUCUGCUCCACACCGCACAAGUGCCUCCGAUCAACACCGAGCACACGCUUCCCGUACG